AUGAACGUCUUGGAUGACAUGGAGGAGAGGGUUCUAGUAUGCAAGACCGUUCCUUUUGUACAGACUACUGCCAUCGUCACCGGCAUCCUCACCAUGACCUGCAUCGCUAUCGAGAGAUACCAGGGCAUCGUCUAUCCGCUCAAAAUGAAGAGGCAGUGCACGCCCAAACGAGCCUACAAAAUGCUAGGGCUGGUGUGGAUCGCUGCUGUCAUGGUCGGAUCACCGAUGCUGUUCGUGCAACAGCUAGAGGCGAACGAGCUGGAGAAGAACUACGACGAGGUCACGGUGAACAUGAUCAUCGCUGUGGUGCAGGCCAUCGGCUUCUCCAACUCCUUCAACAACCCCAUCGUCUACGCCUUCAUGAACGAGAACUUCAAGAAGAACUGCGUGGCCACUCUUUCUGCGUACCUGCGGCGUCCCGUCCAGCAGAGCGGCGCCGGUCAGCGGCCCAACCUCAGCGUGCACUUCUCCAAACACCUCAAAACCAGCGGGAACAACGCCAACCUGCACACGCAUCAGAACCGAGUGCUGUCCUCGUCUCACGGAGAUCUGGAGAUAUCGACGGCGUUCAGCGAGCAGAAAGUCAAAACCGCAAACUCUCAGCUUCCGUCGAGCAGCUCCUGUGUGAAAUAAACUCAGUGCAGGCAGAUGAGAACUUUACUGCGAUCGGUUGGCAACAAACGCAGCCUGAAGAUCAUCAACACUGCUGUCGAGGAGUUCAGGAUAUCGAGUCCGUGAUGGGAGACGCAGAUCGAGAGAAAGACGUCGUAGCGGUUCACGUGCAGCGCAGUGGAAAUACAGCAGACUGACCUCACUUCAAGAGCGUGAAGAUCAUCAUUCUGUCAUCACUUACUCACAAUCACGUUCAAAACACGGAUACGGUUGUUUUUUCUGUGGAACACAA